AUGCUCAGACAGGAGCUCAUGCCUGUGGGCCAGCUGCUUCAUGAACAGAACCGGCGAAUGUCAGAUGUCAAGUUCUUGUUUCCGGUCCUGACCUCGUCCUCUUUGACCACCAUGGAUCAUUUUAGCCAUUUAGCAACUGGCAAAGACCCCAUCAGCCAGGGGGACUUUCUGAAGCCGGAAAAGCCACUGGCUGUUUGUGGGCAGGCUGCUAAGGUGGCGUGGGCCGAAGCAGCACCUCUGGCAGCUGAAAUAAAUGCGACGUCAAGGCGCCAACGGUCACUCGCCGAGGCGACCAGCUCCAGCAGCAGGUCUUUUCUGUGGCGGGAGCCUGAAGCACGGCCCCGUCCCCUGAGGAGAGGUUCAGGCGCGGAGCCCCGAGGCACCCUGAGGAACGCGGAGCGGGAACAGCGCGCGGAGGCAGUACGCCCCCUAACGGCCGCCACCCGCUACCGGCGGCGGGAGCGUGCUCCGCCCGUCCUGCCUGCCGAGGUGCCGGCCAGCCCCCCGCUUCGUCCCCGGCAAGUUAUAAAAUCGUUUCGCUUGGAAAAGAUCUUUAAGACCGAGUCCAACCGUUACGUGAAUCUACCAAGAGAAGCAGAUGGUCACAAUUUCACCACGGGCUGCAAUAUUUCUAAGAGGGUUGGUGUUGCACAGAUGUCUUCCAAGGAGCUACAGAACAAACAAGAAGCUAAAAGCCAGAAUAAAAAUGAAAGCGUUGCUGGAACAAAGGCUGUCACUUCACUGGGUGGGACAACUUGGACAAUGGGAACUACAAAGGAUGAAGCUAAGCUUGAAGAUAAGGCCAAUGAGGGAGACUUCACUGAGGAACUACCAGAAAGAUUUACAUCAUCUCAGAAAAGCAGCAAUGCACAAAGCGCAGACACACUGCUCACCAGUGAGUUCAUCAGUAAAUCAUGGUACUUACAUGAAAUAGAGAGGCAAAAAUCAUCAGACAUUCUUGAGGAGCUGACGGUGCAGGGAAUAAUCAAGAGCCAAAGUACCACUGCCAGGACUGAAGAAAGGUAUGAAAACAAGAGAAAUGACCUGGAAAAGGCACUGAAGAAAACACCAGCUAAGCUGAAAAAAAAUCAGUUUGGAAACAAGGAAGUGGGUGAUUUUACAGUGAAGGACGUGAAGAUUUCUGCUGAUGCUAAGGAAGAGGAACUGAACAAAGGGCCACAAUACAUUGCAUCUUUUCCAGAAACUUCCAACCAAGCUACAUGGAAUGAGACUGAAAAGGCCUGCCCAAGUUUUGCAAGACAGGGAAGUAUAGACAACCCUCAGCUGUUGUCUUUAGGUUGUGAGCCAGGGCUGCUGCUGAAGGAAGUAACUGCAGUAGCCACAAAUAAUUAUACUGACAACUCUGUCAUCGACUCUAUGACUUACAAGUGCAUCGAUGAAACAAUCUGGAUCUAA